UACACAUACCUUUUUUUUUUCUUCUCAUUUCUCUUAAACACUCUUUCUCUCUCUACAACUCUUUUUCUAGAAAGAGAAACUUCCGGCAACAUUUUCCGGCGACAUUUUCCGGUGACAUCUCCGUCGGUGAUACUAAAUCUGGGAGUUGGAAAAUGAGGCGACCGUUUCAUGGUGUUGUAAGUGAUCUGAAUGGAAGAUUGGCAUGUUACAAGCAAGAUUGGGUUGGUGGUAUUAAAUCUGGAAUUGGGAUACUGGCCCCAACUACCUUCAUCUUCUUUGCUUCUGCUCUUCCUGUCAUAGCAUUUGGGGAGCAACUCAGCAGAGACACAGAUGGAAGCUUGAGCACAGUUGAGACUUUAGCUUCAACGGCGAUAUGUGGGAUUAUACAAUCAAUAAUUGGUGGGCAGCCUCUUUUGAUUGUUGGGGUUGCAGAACCAACUGUUAUUAUGUACUCUUACUUGUACAAAUUUGCUCAAGGGCGGCCUGAUUUGGGAAAACAACUUUAUCUGGCUUGGGCAGGAUGGGUUUGUGUAUGGACUGCCCUUAUGUUGAUUCUUCUUUCGAUGUUCAAUGCUGCCACGAUUAUUAGUCGGUUUACAAGGAUAGCCGGGGAGCUUUUUGGCAUGUUGAUUACUGCUCUUUUUGUCCAAGAGGCUAUCAAGGGAGCUGUGAGUGAGUUUGGAGUUCCUAAAGCUGACGAUCCUCGCGAUGAGAAAUUCCAGUUCCAGUGGCGUUAUGUAAAUGGGUUGUUGGGGAUUAUAUUUACCUUUGGUCUUCUUUCAACAGCCUUAAAGAGCCGUAGGGCAAGAUCAUCUCUGUAUGGUACAGGACGUAUUAGGAGCUUUAUAGCAGAUUAUGGGGUUCCUCUAAUGGUUGUUGUUUGGACCGCCUUAUCAUUUACCAUUCCUAAGGGAGUUCCAGAGGGAGUACCUCGAAGGCUCUAUAGUCCUCUGCCUUGGCAAUCUCAAUCCUUGCAUCAUUGGACUGUUCUUAAGGAUAUGGCUAAGGUGCCUGUAAUGUACAUCUUUGCUGCCAUAAUACCUGCUGUGAUGGUGGCGGGACUGUAUUUUUUUGACCACAGUGUUGCUUCACAACUGGCACAGCAAAAGGAAUUCAAUCUCAGAAAACCUUCAGCUUACCACUAUGACAUUUUGGUGCUUGGACUUAUGACAUUGCUUUGCGGACUAAUUGGACUCCCUCCAUCAAAUGGCGUCCUUCCACAAUCUCCAAUGCAUAGUAAGAGCCUUGCUACCCUAAAGAGACAGAUGAUGGGAAAGAAGAUGGUAGAAUCUGCAAAACAAAAUAUGAAGAAUAAUGCCAGUAGCACCGAAAUCUAUGGCCAGAUGCAAGAUAUAUUCAUCAAAAUGGAUCAAAGCCCUGAUCCCCAUGUAGUUGCCAUAGAACUUGAAGAACUGAAACGAGCAGUGAUGAAGGGAGACAACAAAGAAGGAAAGGACAAAAAAGCAUUUAGACUUGAUCACGUCGAUGCCUUCUUACCCGUUAGAGUCAACGAGCAAAGAUUGAGUAACCUCUUACAGUCGGCCCUUGUAGCAGGCGCUAUAUUUGCUAUGCCCGUAAUUAAGUUGAUACCCACUUCUGUUCUUUGGGGAUAUUUUGCAUAUAUGGGUAUUGAUAGUCUCCCAGGCAGCCAGUUCUGGGAAAGAAUCCUCCUCCUCUUUGUCGCACCAGCCAGAAGAUACAAGGUUCUGGAAGAUGUUCAUGCAUCAUAUGUGGAAUCAGUGCCUGCCAAAUACAUUGCUGCUUUCACGCUAUUUCAGUUUGUGUACUUGUUGAUCUGCUUCGGGAUUACUUGGGUACCGAUUGCGGGGAUUCUUUUCCCCUUGCCAUUCUUCUUUCUCAUAAGCAUACGACAGCAUAUUCUCCCGAAGCUGUUUCAUCCAAUACAUCUGCAAGAACUGGAUGCUGCUGAGUAUGAGGAGAUUGUUGGUACACCAAGACGUGCUCUUAGCUUGUCUUUCAAGAGGGAAGCUCCUGAAGAUGAACCAGUGGGAGAUGAUGGUGAGAUACUAGAUGAACUGACAACCAGUAGAGGAGAGUUCAAGAUCAGAACAGUUAGCUUUAAAAAUCCGCAGGUUCACCCUUAAAAGAAUUGGUCAUUCACGGUGAAAAAACAGUUUGGAAUGAGCAAGCAAAAAGGGCUCACAUUGAUGAUCGGAAAAUAUAUUUUCGCAGAAGAAGAGAGGAACUUUGCAGAAGUUGGAAACUUGAAAGAAACUGAGCAACUAUAUGGAAAUCUGAGUUCAUGUGAAAAUCAGUUUGAAUGUGGCAGGAGGGGCAUAUUAUCUCAGUUGCUGAUUUAUAUCUUGUUUGUUUUGCUUUUAGAGUUGUAUAUGAGAUUACCAAUGACAUCUUAACCAACAGGUUGAGAUUAGGUUAUAGGUGUUGUAAUAGGUCCUUAGUUUAAAAUUUUCUCUAUAUUACAUGUAUUACUGUACAAACUUUUCAAGAUCAUUGAUAGGGUGUUCAUAGUGAAUUUUGAACACAGGACCUUCAGAAAAAAUGGAAGGUUGUAAUUUUUUUACAAAGGAGAAUAGAUCACAUUUUUUCUUUCA